GUCAGCGAGAUGAUGAACAGAACCGUGUGCUUGCGGGCCCAGCUCCAGUUGAGCGGGUCCUGGGGGUUGUCGCUGGGCUGCGGGAUGAGGCGCGUGUGGCCGUCGCUGGCCAGCUUGGCGCCAGCGCCGCCGCCGUCGAGGGCUGCCGCGUCGAUGAUGUAGCCCUCGCCCUCGUGGAACUCGUGCAGCCGCUCCGUCUUGGUCUGGAACUCGGCGUGUGCCGCCGCCGUCUUCUCGCCGCUGCCGUUGCCCGCCUCGAGCUCCGGAUCCGACGCCUCGGCGUGAGGUUUGCUGUCCAUGAUGGCUACGCGGUGGGGAACUUGUGGAUUCUGUAGAGAUGCGGACGAGCAAGACUCAAGACGUCUAGUGUCAUGACACACAGACGCACAGGAGGACGACGCGCCGCUUAUAAUCACGCCUGCAACGUGUGCACUUGGGCGUCGCCUCCCAGAUCCCGAAGCGGCGUUACACAGGUUCUGAAGAUAGCAGCGACUCGGAUAAACGGCAGGAAUCCGUUGCGGGCAGGCCAUGAUUGCUAUUAUAAUACACGACGAGUGUGGGGAGCAGUGUCCAAAAUCCAUGCACCGCCGGCCAGGAGUGGCAUCGCUGGACGCCGGGCCACCGGGUGCAGGGUGACAGUGACACUGCAGGCGAUAUUGCCAUGCGCUCUCGCCUUUGGUUGGCCGAGCGUGUUGGGGUUGUUAGACGUCGUCGUAGCAGAACAACUGCCGAGAUUUGGAGCCGGCCGCGGCGUCACCAGAAUGCAAGUGCCGGAUAAUUCCAAUCAAUCGCAUCGGUUUCGUGCAGCCGCCCAUCUCGUCUCGCACGGGACAGGACAGGGGUUCCGUGCGAGGUGCCCCCCAGCGACGCCCCCCCCGCGCGGAGUCGCCGUUCGGGCAGUUAUUGCUUGGCAUUUGGUUUCCUGGGUCGGGGUCGGAUUGCGGCAUCCAGGCUUUGCCGUUGUUGAUGGCAGGGAAAAGCUGCCAUGAUAAUCUUAUUGUUGGAAGAAAAGAUGGUUAAAUAGAGGAGAACGUUGAAGUGAAAGUGUCCUGUGCUGAGUCAAACUGUCAAGAUAACACCGUCUGAUACCAGGUGCAGGAUCUGUGCAACUGUGAACUGUGUUGUGGCUAAUGCCAUCCUGAA